AUGUCAUCGAUAAUACUCUGCACUUUUUUGACUUUAUCUCUUUCACAUUUACUUUCAUGGCACGCUCGUGCAGAACCGGUUCUCCAGCUUUGGAGCCCGCAGAACCACCCUGACCCUGCUUUGGAACUGAAACAUCUCGCCAACGACGUCGUAUUUGAGCUCCUAAUUUCUCAAACAUGUAGCAGCAUCAAAAUUUCCAUGGCUUCAGCAACCUUUUUCAUCGCUUCCCUUCUCUUUCUUCACAUCACACUAGCCUUUGCCAACAUUACCAUAAAUUCAACACUCUCCACCACCAACAACAACAAUGCAUGGCGUUCAUCUUCAGGUGAAUUUGCUUUUGGAUUUCACCAACUCAGAGACACAAAUCUCUUCAUAGUUGCCAUAUGGUACGACAAAAUACCAGAAAAAACCAUAGUUUGGAGUUCAUAUUCACUCAGCAAUCCAACACCAACAGGAUCAAAGAUUCAGUUAACACCAUCAGGUCUAAAGCUAACAACUCCCAAUGGUGAAUCCACAUGGAUAGCACAAACCAACAACCCUGUUUCCCAUGGUUCUAUGCUUGACACUGGAAACUUUGUUCUUGCAAGCAGUGAUAACAAGAAACUUUUGUGGCAAAGUUUCAAGAACCCCACAGAUACUUUGUUGCCAAACCAAACUGUUGAAUCUGAUGCCACUCUCACUUCUAGAUUGAGUGAUACAAACUACACAAGAGGGAGGUUUCAACUCUAUUUUCAGAAUGACACCAUCAUGUUAAGUCCUCUAGCAUGGCCUACCGAAUUUCGCUAUGAUUACUACGAUGUUUUCGGACAUGCUGCACGCUUGGUGUUUGAUGAAAGUGGUGAGAUAUAUCUGGAGACAGAGAAUGGUAAUAGAACAACACCACAAGCUCCUAAAUGGCAACCCAAUUUAGCUCUUGAUCCUAGGAACAAUUACUAUAGAGCAACACUUGAUUACUUUGGAGUUUUAACUCAAUAUGUUCAUCCAAAGGACUCAAAUUCUCAGCAAGGGUGGAGAGUUUUAAGGUACACUCCUAGUAACAUUUGCACAAGUAUUUUCAAUGAUUAUGGAAGUGGUGCUUGUGGUUACAAUAGCUAUUGCUCCAUGGAAGAACAGAGGCCUACUUGCAAUUGCCCUGAUGGGUAUACUCUGAUUGAUCCAAGCAAUGUUUUUGGUGGAUGCCAACCAAAUUUCACUCUUGGUUGUGGAGCAGAUAAUUAUGGCAAAGAAUUGCAAGCGCGCCCAGAAGAUCUAUAUAAUUUUAGUGUUUUGAGUGAUGUGGAUUUUCCUCUUAAUGAUUAUGAGCAGAUUCAACCUUAUUCUCAAGAUGAGUGCCAGCAAGAUUGUUUAAAUGAUUGCAAUUGUGCUGUUGCAAUCUAUACCAACAAUCAAACCUGUUGGAAGAAGAGGUUGCCUCUUUCUAACGGAAGAACACAAAGUGGAGGUCAAACAAUACUUAUCAAAACAAGAGUUGCACCUCUUGGCAUUCCCACUGGUGCUGAAUCAAAGAAAGAUCAUAAUAAGAUUAAGCCAGGUUUUCAUGGAUUACUUAUUGGAUCGCUUGUCAUCAAUGUUGUACUCCUGGCUGCAGUUCUUUUGGCUUUUCACCUGAAGAAGCGAAAAAGGGACAUCAAAGUCUCAAGUCUUCUAGAAACAAAUCUGCAUUCUUUUAGCUAUGAAGCACUGAAGGAUGCAACACGGGAGUUUAGCGAAGAACUGGGACGGGGUUCCUUUGGCAUUGUUUACAAAGGAACCAUAGAAUCAAGGUUUUAUAAUGUGGUGGCAGUCAAGAAGCUUGACAGAUUGGCACAAGAAGGAGAGAAGGAAUUCAAGGCUGAGUUGAGUGCCAUUGGUAAAACCUGCCACAAGAAUCUGGUAAGGUUGAUUGGAUUCUGUGAUGAGGGAACUAACAGAAUGCUUGUCUAUGAGUUCAUGAGCAAAGGUGCUCUGGCAAACUUCCUAUUUGGACAAACCAAACCCAUUUGGGAUCUAAGGGUAAGGUUUGCUUUGGGGAUUGCAAGAGGGUUGGUGUACUUGCAUGAAGAGUGUGACACUCCCAUCAUUCAUUGUGACAUAAAACCUCAGAAUAUACUCAUAGAUGAUAACUUCAAUGCAAAGAUAUCUGACUUCGGGUUGGCCAAGUUGUUGUUGUCUGAUCAGAGCAGGACCAACACCAUGAUCCGAGGAACAAGAGGUUAUGUUGCUCCGGAAUGGUUCAGGAAUGUUCCUGUGACGGUUAAGGUGGAUGUUUAUAGCUUCGGCGUUAUGUUACUAGAGAUCAUUUGAGAUGCAUUGGUGGAUGAUGAUACGGAGGCUAUAGCUGACAGUGGAAGGUUACAAAGGUGGGUGAAGAUAGCAAUUUGGUGCAUUCAAGAGCAUCAUGAAAAGAGGCCAACAAUGGGGAUUGUGUUGCAAAUGCUUGAAGGCUUGGUUGAAGUCUCGGAUCCACCAUCACCCUUUUCUUUAAAUCCGGUUUCUUCACUGCCCCACAGCCACAGCCAAGAACCAAGAUAAAAAGGGGACAAAAAGAUAUCCCUGCCA